UCACUGUACUCGGAACAAUGAGGUCUUGGCUAAACCAGAUGCAUUUGUACACUGUAACCAUCGGAAGAGAAAAGUACUGUAUAUGACGUCUUAUCGGUAGUGACGCACACUUCCGGAGGUGUGCCGCCCGCGAUUACUGGAACUUAAAACAAAAUUGGGACAGAAUUUAAGCGUUAAGCUAUGUAAUGUGGACGGUUUAUUUAAACAAUAAAGGUGUUUGAAUGGAUAGGUUUGUAACUCGGCUCAGAAAAAGAUCAGCUGUUGAGGCAGAUGAAUGGAAAUCAGAGGAACCGAUCAAGAAAUGCCAAGAAGAUGAGUGUGAGGUGGAAGAGGAGUUUUCUCAGCCCAUUCCCUGGCAGAAGUUUGAGGCAGAGGGAUUGGACUGUGACUACAGUUUGUUAUUUGACAAAGAGGAGGCUGAUCGCCUGUUUAACCAGCUAGAAGAGGAGCUGGUGUAUUUUACAGGUGACAAAGCUAAAAUACAAGUGUAUGGAAAGUCAUACAGUGUUCCAAGGAAGCAAGCGACAUACGGGGACGAGGGACUGAUGUACUCUUUCUCGGGAGUCCAUCUCCAAGCUAAACCAUGGACUCCCACUUUGGAACACAUUCGAGAUGCUGUUACCAAGGCAACCGGACAUACAUUCAACUUUGUUUUGAUAAACAGGUAUAAAGACGGUCACGAUCACAUUGGAGAGCAUCGGGAUGAUGAACGGGAACUCGAUCCUGCCUGUCCUAUUGCCUCUGUAUCUCUAGGAGCUGUCCGUGACUUUAUUUUCCGACAUAAGGAUGCACGAACUGGUUCUAGCAAACGUCACAUUGAGCCUGUGAAGCUGGAGCUGGCUCACGGGAGUCUUCUGCUCAUGAACUAUCCCACAAACACAUACUGGUAUCACAGUCUUCCAGUCAGAAAAAAGGUCAAAACACCACGCAUCAACCUCACUUUCAGACGCAUAGUGAAAAACAGAUAGAAAACUGGCAUUAAAAUGGAGUGAUUGUUCUCUUAGCAUCUUAUCAGGUAUUGCUGUGGGCAAUGUUAGCUGUUCUAACAUGUCGGAAAGCUAGUGAGCACUUUUCACUUUAUCACAUGGUUCUGGGCAAAUCUGCGGUGAAUCUUUGUUGUGUUUUAGCACAUUCAGACAUAUAUUGCACACAACGUUAUCAGUUUAUAUUAACUAUUCAUAACUUUGUGUUAAUCUUCAUGUUAUGAUUUAUUAGUGUUUACUCUAGAUCAUGUGCAGUAAAAAUGGACUAUGAUCUAAGGAAAUCAAGCAUCAAGCUCAUCUUUACUGUUCAGAGCAUAUUCAGGUUUGAUAUUUGGCAACAAAAUCAACUUUCAAGAACAUUCAAAGGAAAUAUUUUCUUUUAUUUGUUUUUUUUUUUUUUUUUUUUUUUUUUUUAGAAAACCAAUAAACUACAUGUGGAAUAAAUAGGAUAGACACAACCAUACUUCUGUACAAGACAUUUCUAUUAUAGACUGGGAAAGAAAAAAACAAUAUGGUCCCAAUGAAUACAUUUUGCUAAAAGUUUCAAAGAUUGAACUACAGAAGGCAUUAGUUUGGCGAAAUACUGUGGCAAAAACAUAAGGGUAGCAAAAACGUAAUCGUAUAAAUAUAUACAUUUUAUUUUUCAAGCAUACGUAACAGAGUAAUUUCGAGAAAGUCAUACUUAGUGUUUACAUUCCAGCACUGCUGGACUGAGUAUGAGGUAUUCGCACAGCUGUCUACCCAUAACCUGCCUGUGUUACAAUCUAAUCAAUGUCACGUUUUUCCUUGGACGACGACACAUGCAGUCAGUACAGUUGCUGCUAAAAGAAACAGUAAUUUGACAUACCAAAAUGAUGCAAUUAUUGUAUCCCUUGUGUACGUUGGAAGGUUGUAGUGCUGUUGAAAUGGCAACCAGCAUUUCAAAGCUCGGUUUGAACUCCACAGUUUAACUUGAGCAUUAGUGAAAAUGAACAUUUUCGGCUUACCUGGAUAUUUAU